UGGCUCAGUUUGCUUUCGUUCGUCCUCGCAGAACGUUGCUCGGCGCACUCCGCCCGUAGUGCACUUUUAAUGCACUUUAGCGAUUCGCCUAACUAACGACUGAUUUUUCAUUCGAAUAUAAACCGUGUCGCGGUCGUUUAUUGUCUCGUGUGCCGUCGAAGUGUACGAAUGUGGUCGUGAUGCAAAUGGCGAUCAAUUGGUGACGAAGAGGUGUAUGUAUCUUGCCACGAAUAAAGUGUCAAGUGCCGGUGAACGAUAAAUACGAUGAUACGGAGUUGGUUCCUCAUCUACCUCUUUCUGCUGGCAUACGUUCAAGAAUGCUGGCAGCUCGUGAUAAAAAGCGUGAACGUACCGGGGACUGUGAAGGCUGGCGACACCAAUUACGUGAUCCUGGACUGUGACUACGAUCUCGAGAACACGUCGAGCAAGGGAUUAGUCGUGAAAUGGUUCUUCAACGCCAACGAAGUGGCUUACCAAUGGAUAUAUGGCAGGGACCCCUUGGCCGGGGACAUCACGCGGAAGUACGUCGAUCUGAAGUACAAAGCCAGCGACGAUCCGUACACCGAGUACCGAGCCAUGAAAUUGAAUAAGCCCGGCAUCGACCUUACAGGCGAAUACACGUGCGUCAUAUCCACUUUCGCGGCCGAACAAUCUGCGAGUGCUUCUAUGGUUGUUUAUUCAACGGGGGACAAAUUCGAUCUUUUGUACAGAAAGAAGACCAUAGAUGAUAAGGAUGGAGUGGAGAUAACGUGUAUGGCAGAAGGGCUAUAUCCACAACCAACUCUGGAUAUAUUCAUCGAGGGUGUACCGGAAAAGCAGACACCGAAGCCCAGCGUUACGCUGCGUGACGAUGGACUCUACGAUAUCUUAUCACGAAUGGCCUUACUGGACGAAGAUUUACCGGAAGCAGCGAUUGUCAAAUGCUUGCUCGGUAUACCAAAGGCAAACUACAAUGUAUCCCAGCAAACCGUCUACUAUCCCGGAACGCCUACUACUACUGCAACUGCAACAACGAAGCUACAGCACAAAAUGGAGAUCCAAGCGCCAGACAACUCAGAGACUGGCAAUGGUGGUGGGAAUUUCACUAGUCGAUUGUCAAUUAACAUCUUCCUCAUCUUGAUGCAUCUGGCGCUCGUCAGUAUGUUCAAGUAACCAUUUGUUUUCUAGGUUGCUGCCUAAAGGAAGCCCCAAACGACUGGCAAAUGCUUGUCAAGAAGACCAGCCAUUUCGACCUUCUGUCUUGUUAAACCUAAGGACACUUAGCGACAGACAUCGUAUGCCCAGAUUAAGCGUGGUCUCUUUGUAAAUUCGAGAAGUGAACCUCGUCGAAAUUAAGCCGGCGUUCAUGUUCAUCGUUUGCACCAGAAAGUCCUGUUUACGAACUUAUUCAUACACAAGCGUACCCACACACAUGUAUGAGCUGUUUAGAACGUUAUUUGUACUUGUAUUGAAAUUUCUAGUUUACCGGUAUUGUAACUAGCGUGAACGCGGUUUAAAACCAAAAAUUUAGGGUAGAACCUGUUGAGUGGAUUAGAAGAAGGAAUAGAGAAAUAUGAAAAUAAAGAGAGAGAGAAAUGAAAGCCAGCUCAAGGGGUGAUGUGUAAAUACUGUUCAAAAUUUGAUCGUAUUAUAGUUCGAGUCAUAUUGUAGACUGUGUUUGUUACUCUUCGUGUUAUGUCAGAUUUAUAAUAUAUUGUUUAAAUAAAUAAGAUGUAUGGAACUUUAUAUAUAUACAUGCAGAUAUAAAUACACAGAUAUAAAUAUAUAUGUGGACACUGGGAAGGCAGAAGAUCGAUUGGAUAUAUUGAUUAUACGUAACUUGAAUGUGUAGUUAUUUUAAUACGUGUAAAUAACUGCGACAAUAUGCGGUGUUAAGAUUUAAUUACGGCGAAAUUACGAAGAUUAUCUAGAAAAAACGAAGGAUAAUGCACUUGCUUGAUGAAAGUGAACUGUACAAUUUCUGCAAAGGAAUAGUAUAUUAUUUAUCCCGAAGAAGCAUCACGAUAACGACAAUGAAUGAAAAUAAUCUAAUAAAAAGAUAGGGAGAAAAGGAGACACUGUCUAUGUAUUAGGUUGUUGCAUACUACUGGCAAUAGCAUACUAUUGGAAAAGCUACUGGAAAUUGAAUACAAAAUUUGAAGAAAGCAAAGCUAAUGAAUGUACUAUACUACACUAAUUUGAUGAACUUCAAUCAGAAAAUUCUAAAGGAAGUUUAUAACCAAUUAAAAUAAGCAACCUCAACCAAUUAAUUAUUUUGAAGCUUUGGUUAAUGAACAUUAUCUUUAACACUGCUAAUAGUUGUUGGAAGUUUAGUGAUUAAGUAGGUCAUUUCGUCUGCAACAACUUAGUACUUGAAACUUUACGCUGAUAAGGUCGGUAAGUUUAAUUUAUCGAUUAAUCGUACUGAAACUUCGAACUCACUCAGGUGUUUUUAUCGUUCUAAUAAUACAUAAACGUCGAAAAAGUGAUUAGUAUUUAAUUUAAAUUACUAUUUCAUCGUUCUGUGAAUAUAUAUUCUAUACCAAAGAUAAUUUUUAAAAAAACCCCUGAUUGAACGAAAGUCGGGACUGUGUGCACACCAAAGUUCGCGUCUAAUUAAAUUAGGCCUAAUUUUUAAUUAAUAUCUCGCUAUUGCAUGGAACGAAUGACUAAUAACGUUUAUAAAAAAAAAUUCUGAUUCAUAAAACAAUGUGUCGUAUUUAAAAAAGAGAAAUAUCCUUUUGUAAGCUUAAUAAUGUAACGAAUAAAACAUGUUUAUUUUGUGUCGCGUGACUAUUAACACUUUGAUGGCCGGUAUAUUCUUUAUCUAAUUUUUAUCUAAUUAUCUAAAUACUAAUUACAAUUAAAAAAUUAGGGAAAAUUAAUUUUAUAGCGUACAUAAACUAAAACUCAUAAAUAUAAUUCUAUUUAAGUGUGGAAAGAAGUUUAAAUUCGCAAGAGUCAAUUAUUCCCGUGAAAUGUGCGGUCGUUAAAGUGUUAAUAAUUCAUUAUUGUAUUAUGUGAUUAUUAAGAAGCAAAUCUGAAAUUAUUCAUACCUACGAUUAAUAAGCGAGAGAGAAAAAAGAAUUAUAAUAGACGUUAUAGUUGUAAAUAAAUUGUCCCGUGUAGCUCUUCUAGUCCUUCGUACGAAAAAAGCCUAUCAGACUAAAGAAAGAAAAACGAGAAUUCUGUAUAUAAUUUCGUGUACGAGAAUUCUAAUUAUACAGAUCGCCGAAAGGAGGUUUUCACGUUUGUAAAAUUAAAUACAAUUCAGUACCGAGGAAAUCUAUAUUGGAUCUAUGAAUGUUAUACAUUUUAUGAGAUAUCCGUUUCCUCCAGAAAAAUAUCUCGCCGUUUGUUUUCUCUUUUUUCUUUUACUGCAAUAAUAAAAAAAAGUUGAGCCGAAUACAAUCGUAUUGAAAUUUAUCUUCCGGAGGAUAAUAUCGGAAACUUAUAAAAGUGUGCCUAAAAUUAAUUAGUGUAGCUGAUCAUUUUUCCGGCAAGUUAAAAUUUAAUAGCUACUAAGAAAGUAGAUGCAAUUUCAGAAAGUUUUUAUGCAAAUAAUUAUUAUCUCGUUAGCAUGCGAUUAAAACUUGAUCUUUCAGCCUUUGAUGGGUUUUCUUAAUUAGUCUAGAAUUUCAAAACGGCGUUUCUCUCUUCUAUUUUCCUGAGUUAGUAAAACUUCAUUUUACUGAGGUAUCUUUCAAACUUUUAUUUGUUACCACUAAUUUUCCUGAAGAUAAGGUGUGUGAUUUUUAUUAUUUAAAUUUUCAAGCUUAUUUUAUGUAUGUUUUCGUGUACAAGUAUUAUUGUAAAACCCUAAUGUUUUUAGCAAUCAAGCCAAAAAUCUGUAUUGGAAACUGUUCAAUACACUUUGUAAUAACUAAUAAAUGGAUUCUAUUUCAUUUUAGUAGUUUUUUUCUGUUUAUUCUCUUUUCAUUUCAUAUCUUUUGUAACUGUAUCAUAUUAGUAUUACUUGUAAUUUUUGCUAAUGUUCUAUCUCUAUGAAGAUAAACGAUUAAACAACGUGAUAGCGUGAUCUAAAAAAAUUAUAUUACUUUCCAUAGAAUAUAAGCAGGUAAAUUAAUUAAUCUGCUAUGAACACUUUCCAAAUAAUAAUAUUAGCAGCGAGAAAGACACUGAAUCAUUUCCGUUCAAUUUGGUGAACAUGCACGAGCAAUGUUCAUAAGGAGUGCUUGUAAAUAAGAAAAAAAAAGUAAAGAUUAUGUGUACGACGAUAAUUAUUGCAUUAAUUGUAAGAAACAUUAAUUAAAAGAACUACUUUUGUUCAAAAAUUGAAAAAUGAUUUAACCGUUUGAAUGCCAUACAGCUCGAUUGCUUUUUCUUCAAUUUUAAGCUGUCAGAGAAUCAGUUUUAAUAUUAACAUCACUGGUGUAGCUAAGUUGGAAUUAUGGUGUAUUUGAUACCCUUAAAAUAUGCACUGCCUAUCCCUUUACAUAAAAAA